ACUAUUAAAGCGCUUAAUCACAGAAAAAUUAGAAAACACAAUCAUUUGAUGUAUAAGAGAAAAAAAACCUAAGAAAAAUAUGCCCAAUACAAAGGGAAUUGGUUCAACAAAAUAAAAGUCGGUAAUCGGUAUGGAAAGGGCUUCCGAUGCGUUAAAAGACACAAUUAGUCUUUUCUUAGUGAAUGUGACUCCUUGUUUAGCGUAUCGGAAUCCCGACAUUGAGGUUGCUGUCAUAAAAGCCACCAGCCACGAUAACUCCCACAUCGAUUACCAAAGCGCUCAACGCAUAUUUGCAUGGAUUCGUGUUUCAGGUCAUUAUGUCCAUCCAGUCAUGUCAGCCCUUUCUACAAGGAUGGAAAGGACCCACAACUGGACGGUGGCAUUAAAAGGCCUCAUGCUUUUGCAUGGGAUCACCAGUUGCAAAGUCUCCACGGUUCAAAAGAUUGGCAAAUUACCAUUCGAUCUCUCGAAUUUCAAAGACCGAAACCCUAAUUUGUAUCACUACGAGGCGUUCAUUCGAGCUUACUACAGAUAUCUCGAUAUAAAAACGUCUUUUAUGCAACGACAUUCACGGGAAGAGAAAAAAGGAAGUAUCCGAGACGGAAUCAAACAGAAGACGAAACAAGUGUCUAUGAUGCAAGAUCUUGUAUGGUUACAAGAUCUCCAAGAUUUGCUGGAUAUGUUACUUGAGAUCAAACCACAAUCAGAGAAGAUGAUGAAUGUGUUGGUUCUUGAAGCAAUGGAUUGCAUUAUGAUCGAGAUAUUCGAUAUUUAUAGUCGGAUUUGCAAGGGCAUCGCGGAGGUUCUCAUGAGGGCAUAUUCCAUCGGAAAACCUAAAGCGCAAAUGGCAUUCUCGAUUCUUCAGAAAUCAGCCGUUCAAGCCGAGAAUCUAUCGCAGUACAUCGAUUUUUGCAAAGAGUUCGGGGUUGACAAAGCAUCGGAAUGCCCCAAAAUCGCGCACAUCAAUGAACACGAUAUUCGCGCACUUGAGCAGGUACUAAACAGGAAAUAAAGUCAACGAAAACCGAUUCCUUGCGGCUUGACGUACCCAAAAAUGCUUUGAUAAACCGUCGAAUGUGACACACAUGUUUGAUUUGUUUGAUCUCGAUGUUAAACGUGAACCGAUUGCUAAAUCUUCAUGUUCUUAUGUUAUAAGAUACCAACAACGCCAUACCGAUCGCUUUUACAUCUAACAAAUUAGCUAAACUGCAACAAUAUAGCACAAUAAGAUCAAAAUUGAAAAGUAACAAAUGAUUGAGAUCAAGAAUGUCAUCUGGAAACCUACAAAUCUUAAAAAAAAAAAAAAAAAAAAAAAAAAAAAAA